UGGGACACGCUGUAUCUACACCAACUCUUUGAAACAAUAAUUAAAAUCGUAAAUACCGUACUCAAAAUUGUAGUUAUCAUCGAUUGAAAUUGUAGAACCGUUAACAAUUGCGGUCGUAAAUACGGGUACGGUUAAAUAUCGUAAAAGCUGACAAUGUAAAACGGUAUGCGCACACAUCCUCCAUAAUAACACUAAUAUCGCAUGUCGCCAACAACGGUCUGUUGCAAUUCUAAUGUGUAGUGCAAUAAAACAAACAUUUCAAACGGUUAUUAUCGUUAUUGUCUUUUUUGGUUUGGCAAACCCACCACCAGAGGAGGGGUCACACCCGUAUCCCAGUUUUUGAGACACGGCGCCCCGACCGGCUACCAUCUCCAACAGAAACUUUAGAAGACUUGAAUCCGACUGACAUCUCGCGAAAAAGUCACGAGUUAAACUCGAAAGAUAUCGGAAAGCGGGUUCGAAUAGCGGAUAAAGAAGGUACGUUGCGGUACGUUGGUAGUGUGGGAUUCGCGAGCGGCAUCUGGUGCGGUGUAGAAUUAGAAACGUCGGUUGGUAAACACGAUGGUUGCGUCCGUGGAGUGCGUUAUUUCAGUUGCCCGCCGUUACGCGGUCUUAUGGCAACGGUCGCCAAAGUUUCUCUCGUCGAUGAAAUUGCGGUCGAUGCCGUUUCAGGACCUUACAGUAUGAUCUUCGAUGUCCGGGAAGAGCCGGUCGUUGCGCAAACAGCUAAAUCUCUAAACACUACGAUAGUUACGGUUCCUUUUAAUAAAUCGACUUUAGAGAAAGAUUUAGAGAAAACGUUAGUUUCGAAUGAAAUUACGGCCAGCAAAUUGGAAAAAAUCGAUUAUACGAUUCAUUCCGAAACUAUUAGCUUAGAAAAGUCUGCUGAGGGAUGUUUUGUCACUUUUAUAAACCAAGAUCUGGAUGUAACUAUUAAUAAUGAUAAUAAUGUUAAAAAUUUUACUAGAACAAUUAACGCUAGCGUGGAUAGUAAUGAAACGAUUGAUAAGGAUGUAAAUGAUACGGUGAUUUUGGAGAAAAGAAAAGUCCCAUCUGAAUUAUAUUUGAAAUGUAACGAAUCGUUUGUAAUCAGUAUGAGUGAUACCUUUGAAAGACCACGAAGCUAUCCGACUUCAAACGAAUACGGGAUAAAAAAGUCAUCAACUCCCGUGAGAAUUCAAUCAAAAAAAUCAAAUCUUUCGCCGAUACGUACCGAGGAAGAUCCUAUUAAACGAGACUCUUUCGAUUGUGAUGAAUCGUUAGGAAUCUUAUCUUUAGAAAACAUGAACGAAAUGUCGUUAAUUUCUCGAUCGCCUUCUUCUGAAAACAUACAAUCGCUACCGAAAGACCCCAAUAAAGAUCUUAGCAUUUUAGACAUUAACGAUCUUUCUUUGUUUAUGGUUAAGCCAGAAUCCAAAGCCCUCGACUUGGGCUUUGCGGAUAAAAAAGAUUUUACACUAACCAGAAUCGAACAAACACCGUCUCCGGAAGAACUGCCAUUAGAUCCAACACCAAUCGUAGAAAUAGAACCUAAACAGGUUCAAACAAAAACUAAUUUUAUCACUAGCAUAACCAGUAUUACCAGUAUCGACACGGGUUAUCAAGGUGACGGUGAAAUGUCUCGCCCGGCAAGUAGAGGUGCUGAUAAUUCACCGUUAACGCGUAGACCUUUACCUCGACCUCAACCAAGAAGACCCGAUCCCAUGACAGACUCGGAUUUCUACACAGAAAGCGAUGCUGACCAUGAGGAUCACAAAGGCGAUCGAAAAGCUCAAGUUAUCGACGGUACUUUAUACGGACCUGAUGCCCAAUCAUCAGCGGACAUUUACAACAUCAAUCAAAGAGAAAACAUGGACUCAUCCGGUAUUUUCACCGAUUUAGAAUCAAAUAAACCCGAAGAAAAAAAAGAAGAACUGAGCCCGUCGCAAUCGACAAAGACAAUAUCCGAUACUAGCCCUAAUGAAAAUUUAAUCGAUCUUCAAUCGCCAGAUUCCAGAAAUGUUUCCGAUAGUACAGUUAAAGAAAUGCCUUUAAAACGGCACAGUCCGUCACCUUCUAGUAUUACAUCAAGUCCAACAAGUGUUAGAUCGCCGAGACACGUUCCAAAAGAGGACUGUAAAAAAUAUAAAGUACCGAAACGAAAUGUCACGUCGAAAGUUAAAGCUUUACUUGAUACCACUGUUGUACAUAAUCCCGAAGCUAAACCUCAAAAAAAAGUUGGAAGAUGGGAUGCUGUUAUGAAUAAAAUUUCUAAAAAUCAAGGAGAACAACUCAAACAUAAUUUAAAAGAGAUUAAAUCGAAAGUUUUUAGUAGUAUCCACGUUAACGUUAAUAAAGGAGAUGGUAAAGAGAUUGGAGUUGGAUUAGCUGGCACUUCGAGACAAAACAAAUCACCAAAUAAUAAAACAAGAAGAACCAGAAUAAGGUCAACUAAUGUACCAAGUACCACCACAACCGUUAACACCAAAACAAACAGCAUUAACAGUUCUUUGAGUGAUUUAAGUGGAGCUUCUCCAAUUAAAAAAUGUGGAUCUGCUAAAAAACAAAGAGAGGAUGUCAGAGUCUUCAGGCCUCCACAAAUUUUAUUAACAAAUUCAACUCCAAAGUCAUUAACACCGAAUAGGAAUACAUCAGUGAAUAAUUUAGAAGCCAAGAAACCUUCUCCUGCGUCGAAUGAUGCGAAGACUUCAACACGGAAGAACCUUUUCAAUUCGAAAGAAAAGAAGAAAGAACCGCCAGUAAAAGGUAAGACAGCCCUCUUCUUGACUAAACCGAAAUGUAACAGAACAACUGUAAAGGGUGGCCGUGUGUCUCCAACGACCAGGUCACCCCCUCAACAAAGGGCUCAAUUAAAAGCGGCACCAAAAACAGCAGAAGCAUUGGCAGUGCUCGUUCAACAUUUAGUAUUUGAGUUGGAAGCAUUUAGAGUACCUUCUCUUAAAAAGGAAGUCCAAAAAGUACGAACGGAUGCCGAAGAAGCUCGUUUAUCAUGCCAACAUCUCGAAGAAAAACUUUUAGAAGUAAACGCAGUACACGCUGCGGAAAUUGAGGAAGAACGGGCGAAGUAUCGAUCAGAAAUUACAAGCCUUUUGGAACAACACAGAAAUAGAAUAACUCAAUUAAAAAAUGCAAGUGCAGAAAACGAACAAAAACUUAGACUACAAAUACAAAACUUAUCAGCAAAAUAUGAAAACCUCGAAAAGGAGCAUCAAGCUUCAAUGAAUAUUUUACGUGAAGAGAACGAUUCAAUUCGGGAACAAAUCGAUGAAAAGAACGGGUAUAUCGAAAGCUUGAAACUACAAAAAGGCGAAAGUGAGAAAUUUAAACGAAGCUAUAAAGAUCAAGUAAAUUCUCUAAUGCAUGAAUUAGUUGUGGUUAGAGAAGAAAACGAUACAUUACUUAAUCAUUCUAAGAAUGAAGGAAAUACAAGUAUACAGGAAGUCCUUUCACUAAGAGCAGUGUUGGAUUUAAAACAAACUGAGUUACAAGAUAUACGAAAAGCUUUAGCUACAGCAACUCAAAAAGCUGAAUUAGUUCCAGCGUUAGAAGAAAAAGCUAAUGCUUUAUCAGCAAAGUGUGAAGAUUUAGUAUCACAGUUGGACCGAAAAAAUAUUUGCGAAAUUCAAUUAGUACGAGAAAAGAAAAAGCUCGAAGAAUCCUUAAAAGAAGAAUUAAACCAAAAACGUUGUUUGAUUCAACGAAACGAAGAGCUGCAAUGGAAACUCCAACAAAACAAAGAGGUCGUUACCAAAGUAAUCGAACAAGCGGAAGAGGGUAGUUUUAAUCGUUCGAUUUUAAGCACAUCAUUUAACGAAAGACACAUGACCCCGCGUCAUUUAGAACGAACGUUAUCGUUUCGAGAAACGAAACCAAUGAUACGAGAAACAACAAUAAAUUGUCGAAAAUCAAAAAAUUCCUACGAUUUAGAUUUCGACGAUAUCUCCCCGCCGUCUUCGCCUAAAGUGAAAGGGGUCGUUGAAAAAUCAGAUUCGGUUAGUUACGUUUUAGAAAUGGAUGAAAGUCCCGAAGUAGUCGCUUCGAGAAUUGUGCGACGAAGUUUUCGAAAUACAACACCUCCAAAAAGCACCCCAACAAAAUCCCCAUCAAAUAAACGAGCCAGAAUGAAAACAAAUCCGUUAAGUUUGAGCUCAUCGGCCGGUGCGAUUGUAUCAAACACAAAAAUUAAGAGACGAUUAAGUAACGGCGAUUGCGAGCAGGAUAAUUUUUUAUUAGGAAUGCCAAUUACGAGUACGCCAAUGCAAAGACGCGAUGACGACGAUAAUUCCUCAUCGCACGAUGAUUCGACGUGUAAAGAAGAAAAUUUAGAUAUCGAUGAAGAACACGAUGUUCAUGUACAGAUUCCUUCGUUGCCAAGUGAAAUCGGUAGGAAUAAUAAUCGCGAAAAUCUACCUAUGCCAAAACACUUGGCCGGCGAAACUAUGAUAUUUGAGAUGAAUUCCGACGACGAAAGUACAACAAGUUCUUCUAGUGGACAAUUAUGAGAUGACUUUUAAAAGUAAACGGAAAAAACGAGAGAUCAUUUUUAACAUGUUGGUAAUUUUAUUUUAAAAAUAAAAACUAAAUUGUUUUUGAUGAUGGAAAAGAGAAGCACAAUACCACUUUAAUAAUAAUAAUAAAAAUAACGCCGUUGCGGAAAUAUUAUAUAUAUAUUGACUAAUUAACGCCUGGCAGAAGAAAAAAAAUUAAUGCUGUGCAAUCUUUGUAGAAGACGAGAAAAAUACUAAGAGAGGAUUAAGAAAGAAUACGUUUAAGCCAAUCGUGUACUACCGCUGAUAUUUUUUUAAAAACAAAGUUUGUUAGUUUAUAAAAGCAACAUCUGUGACGUUCUUUCUUUAUUUCAAACUUAUUAAAAAAAAAA